AUGGAACGCAAGGGAAAGUCGACAUUCUCUUACGGAGAUUCUCUCUCCAAGACUCUGCUGGCAGAGGAAGUGUCCAAGCUGACACACUUGGUGUUGACGGGUGUGUUCCAAGGCCCCAUCAGGGUGUAUGGGAGUUGGGAUUUGUGGAGGGAAGGGAGGAAGCUGGAGGAAAGGAAAGAGGGAUUGUGUGUAACAGUGGAACUCACGCCAGGAAGCUAUGAAUACAAGUAUCAAAAGCUGAAUGGAGAAUGGUUUCACGACCAUCGUCAGGUGCCCAACAACAGCAUCCUGGGCGCCGACACGAUGGACAGUCUCCAGGGCGCCGACACGAUGGACAGUCUCCAGGGCGCCGACACGAUGGACAGUCUCCAGGGCGCCGACACGAUGGACAGUCUCCAGGGCGCCGACACGAUGGACAGCAUCCAGGGCGCCCACUUGAUGGACAGUCUCCAGGGCCCCAAGGACAUAAAGGCUAGCGGCAAAGAUUCUAUCGUCAGAAAACUGAAAUUCUGGAGAAAGUCGACGUCAGAUCAGAGGAAGCAGAGGAAACAGAAGCCCAACAAAAAGAGCAGCUUCUUCGGAGGACUUCUCAGGAUUAUCCGUAGGAUAACUAAGAAAUCUCCAUGAAACAUUUUUUUUGAAAUAUCAAUUUGUCUCAUUGAUCUUGAAAUUUUGCAUCAUUGCGUUAUUCAUUGAAGAUUUCUGUUUUUGUUGUAAUGGAAUGCGA